CUGCUGUCAAGAGAUCACCGGGACUCUGGUAGCGAAGGCUGGUGGGUCGGGCAGACCUCAGACCAGCAGAUCGGCGUAUUCCCUGCAAGCUACGUCCAUCUUCCAGAAGAUCCAGAUUUGGCAUCAGCAUCCGACCACAGGAAAUCCGGCUUUGUAUGUCACCCUACGAGUGCUCUGACAGCUGUGUGCAUGGCGACGACGACAACAGCUUCAGUCGAUACCACUGUCGAUUUACAGUGUUCUAUGCUGCAUUCGGACGAAGCUCCUCCUCCUCGGGCUCUUCAACCUCCUCAGCGUUCUCUCCUGACUUCGUUACAACGAGCUGUUCAUCUUGACUUAAGUUCGAUGCCUGCAGCCUUAUGGCGCAAUCAAGAGCGGCGUAGGCAACGACGUCUUUGCCAACCUAGCUUUUCUACCCAAAAUGGCAGAAGUUCAUCAUCACCGCGAUUGCUCUCCCAGGAUAUCACGACAACUCCUUGUUCCAGGCCUUUAGAGAAGCCUGAUAGAGCAGUACCAACUAUUGAAAGUGAUCUCACUCCAAGUCAAGUUUCUUGUUUACCUCCACAUCGUGUAAAACAGCAGCAACAUAAUGGUCCAUUGUUCACAGAUUCAAGCGCCGCUUCAAUCACCAAGGACCAUCUCCAGCCUCUUUUUUUUGCUCAGGAGUUGGACAUUCCUUUCGAGCAGGUUAGACUAUAA